ACUCUCUUUUGCCUUCAGGUUUUCCGUGAGAAACACGUUCGUGAUUUUACGUGCAAAUUUUCAUCGAAAAAAUGGGUUUCGCCAACUUGUGGUACUCGCAUCCACGUAAAUAUGGACAGGGCUCGCGCUUCUGCCGUGCCUGCUCCAACAACCACGGAAUGAUCCGAAAGUACGGGCUGAACAUUUGCCGACAGUGCUUCCGCGAGUACGCCAAGGAUAUUGGCUUCAGGAAGCUGGAUUAAACCAGAGAUCCAUUCUCAGAUUUCCUCCCAUACGGCAUCAAGAAAGAUUUGCAAACUUGUUGGCAGUGGUGAUAUGUGAGGAAUAAAAUGUCUGCAAAUACAUAACCUAAAAUC